AUGCCGGCCACAGCAGCAAACGGGCCCAGAUCUAUGGAGAGUGAGAGUGAAACUCAGCGCCGACCCAGCUGCUCGGGUCCAUGGAACUUACCGGUUGCGAAGGGCAAAAAGUUCAAGGCUCCGCACGUCUUCUUCUCCUUCGGACCUCGGCGCGCCGACUCGCAAAACGACACCGGGUUCGAGGGUUGGGGGCCCAACGGCCGUUACGAAACCCGGCCAUACCAUGGCAGCGCCGAAACAAAGUCGCCGGCGGGGAGGACCGACGACGGACGGGCCAUCCUCUGCUUCGUCUGA